AUGGGAUAACUAAAUAUUUUUAAAUCAAAUCCACCUACCAAUUCAUUUACAAAAGAAGAAUUUGUAAAUUUCUUAAAGGAAAGAAGAUUUAAAAAAAUCAUUGUUUUGACAGGAGCUGGUAUUAGUACAAAUGCUGGAAUUCCAGAUUUUCGUAGUAAAGAUACUGGCCUUUAUGCAAGAUUAAAAAAAUCUGGUUAGUUUUCUUAUCCAGAAUAGAUUUUUACUAUCGAUUACUAUCAAUAGAACCACAAGCCUUUUUAUGAAAUAUGCAGAGAGUUUGUUUAAAAAGAGUAUGAACCUUAAUAAUCCCAUAAAUUUAUAACUGAACUUGCUAAAUAAAAUCUUCUUUACUUAAAUAUCACUUAAAAUAUUGAUGGAUUAGAGCUGAAGGCAGGACUUGAUAAAAAAUAUUUGAUUUAAGCACAUGGUAAUCUGGAAAAAAGUCACUGCAUUGAGUGCCAUAAAGAAGACACCAUAGAAUAUUUCAAAGAGGGAGUGCUAAAAUCUGAUGAUGCAGUUAAUUGCAGAAAGACUAAGAAUUGUUAAGGAAAAUUAAAACCUUCGGUUACUUUCUUUGGAGAGAAAUUACCAUUUUACUUUUACAAAAUACCUCUAUAAAUGAGAUUUGCUGAUUUAAUUAUUGUAAUGGGUACAUCUUUGAAAGUAUAGCCUUUCGCAAGUCUCCUUUCCUACAAGUCAAAAUCUACUCCAUUAGUUGUUUUAAAUAGUGAGAAUGUAGUGAGUGAUUGCUCACUUUUUAUAGGUGGGGAUAUAGACAAAAAUUUGGAAGAAAUAAUGUAAGAAUUAUUAUAAUAGCAAAAUUAAGAGAAAGAAUAAUGA